UAUUUCCAAUACCGAAAGUUUGGUAACUUAAUACAUUUUAUACAUAGCAAAAUAUAAGUUUUAAUAACAUUGUUAUUGAUUUCGUGUCCUUUUAUCGCCAUCUUUAAUGAAUUCUUACUGUGGAAUUUCACCGUGUUUUAUUACCUCAAAUCGAUUGCAUUUAAAAUAUAACGACAUGGCUUGUGAAGCUUGUAACGUAAAAUUCAACUUCUUUACACGGAAGAAACAAUGUAUGGAUUGUUUGAGAUAUUUUUGUUCUGGAUGUGUGAUCAAGAGAUUAGACAAGAUAUUAAGUUGUGACAGUUGUAAUAUGUUAUCGAGAAGACCUUUAAUACGAAGUCUAAUCAUACAAAUGCGUUCUAAAGAUAUACAACAAUAUCUAUUGGCAAAAAAAAUACCUAUCAAAGGAUGUAUCGAAAAAGAAGACUUAAUAAAAUUGUUAAUGGCAUUUGCUAAUAAUUCUAGUGAUUAUUGGAAUACAGAAGAUGCAGAGAACAUUAGAAGUAGAAACAUUGAUAAUUCUCCUCCUAAUCAAUCAACAACAACUAGAAGCUAUGAACAUAAUACACAACUUUUUAACAAUGAUGAAAUCAAUGCUGCAAGAAUUGAUCAUAAUGAAAUAUCAGAGGGAAUUUCUCCUAUUAAUUCUUAUUUAGAUAGAAGAACAGAAUCUAUAAGUACAGGAGAGAAGACUUCAAAAAUUUCUAAUAUUCAACAUUCUGAUAUAAUUGUAGAAAGUUCUAUGAAUCCUAUUAAAUUAUCUGAUAUAAAUACAUUAUCUGAAUUGGAAUGUUUAAGUGUAAAACAAUUAAAGAACUUGCUAAGUAUAAAUCGAGUUGAUUAUAAAGGUUGUGUAGAAAGAUAUGAAUUAUUGAAUAAAGCUUCCAGAUUAUGGGAAGAAUACAAACAAUCAAGAACAAUAAUAGAAAUUUUGGACGAAAAUCUUUGCAAAAUUUGUUGGAAUGAACCACUUGAAUGUGUAAUUUUAGAAUGUGGUCAUAUGGCUUGUUGUUUAAAUUGUGGUAAACAAAUGUCAGAAUGUCCGAUAUGUAAACAAUAUGUAGUGCGUGUAGUGCGAUUUUUUAAAGCUUAACAAAAACACAACAAUAUAUGAUAUUAUGGAAUUAUAUGUUCAAUACAGAAAAUAAGAAAAAAAACAAUAUCAUAUUCAAUAUUGUUCUGAUAUCUCAGAUUUA